GCGAUAUUUCAGCAAACGGGAGGUCUGAAAGCACUUCUAUGGUUUCGGGUGGAACGCUUUUUACGGGAGAGAGGUAAAAAAUCAGGAAAGGAUAUAGAAUACCUUUAUGAUGAUCCCCUGUACAGAGAGAUAUUUGAGUUCUGCAAGUUCUUCAUGCGGGAAUCUAUAAAGUACACGAUUGAAGACUUGCAGCAGGUCUGCAGCUCGCAAACACUACCGUCGUCAUGGAUUAAAAGAACAACGAUACUAAUACCAAUAGAUGUUUGCAACAAAGCCGCCGAAAAGCUCAUUGAAGUACUAGGUGGGGAAAGAAUAACACGCCAGCUCGUUGGGGGAACGAUAUGGUGGCAAGUGCGCAGCACCGGUGGCGUUAGCGCCGAAUGGAUCAGUUUAAGGGAUAAAGAAGACAUGAAGCACAGAAGAUCGCGAAAAUUUAGACGCCCUUCACCAGAGCCUGCGGGCAAAGAUUCUGAAUACGAUCCUGACAUGAACAACCUACCAUGCGUAUUAUUCUUCCACGGUGGAGGUUAUUUUAUGGGUAGUGUUGAUCAAGAGAGGUACUCGACUGAGCAUAUGGCCAUUUAUGCUGGCUGUCGAAUACUCACUAUUUCAUAUCGACUUGCCCCUCAGUACCCAUUCCCUUGCGCACUUCAGGAUGCUUUAGCUGCAUAUUUGUACUUGGUUGAUCCCCCGUCCGGCGCGAAGCACACCGUUCGUCCGAAGCAACUAAUCAUUUCCGGGGAUUCUGCAGGAGGUGGCCUCGCUCUUGCACUACUCCAGGUCAUACGCGACCUGGGUCUGCCUCGACCUGCUGGAGGCAUUCUUAUUUCGCCCUGGUGUGACCUAACACACUCUUUUCCUAGUGUUCUUACCAACACAAAGACAGACUUUAUCCCCAAAUACGGGCUUUCAAUUUUCAGGCCUUCCCACCUAUGGCCACCUCCAUCUGAUGAGCAAACAGCUAAUAUGCAUUCAAAGAUCCGUUCACACGUCAAUCAGGCGGCAGGUCGAAAAGGACGUACGCCCUCUACUAGUCACGUGAAUCGGGACUCUCGAAGCGACUCCACCAGCCAUAGUGUUCUUAAAUCUUCGAAAAGGGCCUCUACGGACCCCACAGAAAGCAGAGGAAUGAAUGCUACUGCUACCAGGAAUUCAGGUUCAUCAUCAUCGCUAAAACGCGGUCAAGAGAAAGCUACAGCUGAUUGCGUGCCAUCGACCGUCUUGCCAAGAACGGAGAAAAGUGAAGAUAAAGUACUACGUGCGAGGAAGAACGACGGAGGAAUUUUAGAAGUGAAAGACCAAGUACACAUGUAUGCACCGAAUAACCUUCUCAGACAUCCGCUCGUGAGCCCGGCCUUAUCGUACCUUGGCGGACUCCCGCCACUAUUAGUAUUCGCAGGUGAUGGUGAGGUUUUGCGGGACGAAAUCAUUUAUACUGCCCACAAAGCCGCUCACCCCAAAUGCUACCCAGUACAUCCAGAAACAAGAAAGAUGUAUCCUAAAUUUAAAGGUAUUGAAGAGCACUCCAAACCGACAAAGGUGCAUCUUCAGGUUUACGACAAUGCUCCUCAUGUCUUUCCAUUACUAUGUUUCCUCUGCGAAUCUGCGAAGAUUUGCUUUGGGGCUAUGUGGACGUUCAUCGACAUGGUGAUUGAGCCAUUGAGAACGGAAGGUACUUCACCUGAUCACAGUGAUCAGUGCUCUGUUAUGGAAGAAGAAGUUGAAGCCGAUAGAAGCGUACGAUUUGCGGAUGACUGGAGGCUCUACGAGCCGCCUACAGAUGGCGAGAGUAACCAAUUUAGGGAUAAUACAAUGAUCAGGAUUCGAGUGUCCGCAAAAGGAGAGGUUCGGCCACUUGAGCGGCAAAGCGAAUUACCCGCAUGUACCUUGCCCUCGGAAAACAUUGGCGCAAUAGAUGAACGCAUACUGUGUAGGUAUCUUGAAGGGACACAGAAAUGGAAGGAGCGGUUCUCCAAAACAGAGAAGCAUAUUCACAAAAAGCGUGGAACGAGUCUGAACUAUGUGAAGAAUGCUCCUCCAGGCGAUCACAGACAUGAAAAGCACUCGGUACAGGACAAGGCUGGAAGGCAAGCUAAUGACGGUGCGUCUGAUACAAGCUCCAUUUCUCACCAAGAAGAUGUCCCGCAUUCCUCAAAUAUGAACUGGGCGUGGGCGUGGGCUGUCAAAGAUGACGAAUACCCACCCCCUAGCAGCAUUGUUGCAAGACUUGAUACGAAGGAGGCACGUCAGCUUGCCAAGAUAGCGGAAAAGCCAUGCAAGGAUCCGACCAAGACCAGACUAUGGUCUAGGAUUAUUUGUGAUACUAAGCCUGACAGAGACGGGACUGAUGGAAGCAAGCAAAAGACAGCAUCUGGCGAUGCAAGGGGGCAUUCCACACGCGGCUCUGAGAGUGAGCUGACAAAGUCCGAGUCGCAUGCUUCGUUGGGUGACCGCAAAAUAAGGGGCACAUUUACAUUGCUUUCGAGGAAAAAGAACCACGACCGAACGUCAAAUCAUUAG